AUGCGGCACCCCGGGCUGCACCGAAAUCUCUUGUGCACAGCCCAGCAGUUCAGGGUGCCGUGGGUACCCAUUUCCAGCUUCAGCUUCAAAAUGUGGAAGAAAUCACAGAAAUCCCCCCAUCGGUUGUCCAGGACCUGGUGGAAUGGAGGAGCCGUUGGCUGGGUGGAUGGUGGGAUGUCCUGGCCAAGCCGGCAUGCCACCGCCGGCGACACCCGGGACAGCUGCGCACAGGGACUCGAGCAGGUCCCUGUUCCUGUUUAUCACCCGACGCCUAGCCAGACUCGGCUAGCAACACAGCUGACAGAAGAGGAACAAAUCAGAAUAGCGCAGAGGAUAGGCCUUAUUCAGCAUCUACCUAAAGGAGUCUAUGAUCCUGGGAGAGACGGCUCCGAGAAGAAGAUCAGAGAAUGUGUCAUUUGUAUGAUGGACUUUGUUUAUGGGGACCCUAUCCGAUUUCUGCCGUGCAUGCACAUUUACCACCUGGACUGUAUAGAUGACUGGUUGAUGAGAUCCUUUACCUGUCCAUCCUGCAUGGAGCCAGUGGAUGCAGCACUGCUUUCAUCAUAUGAGACUAACUGAGCCAGGGUUUCUCCACUGAACCUUCAAGGAGACCAUCCACUUUAAUGGGUUUGAUCCUUUUGUCAUUCAGCCCAAAGAGCCAGGAAUUAGGAAUUAAGAUCAUGCACAAAGUAUACAUUUCCUAAUAAAUAAAUAAAAAAAUAUUCCUGAAUGGCUGCAAAUAUGGAAAAAACAUAGUAUUUUAGAGACUAUAGAAAAGUAGGUUGUUAUUUUUAAUGUAAAGCCUUGACCCACCAUUGUCUUUUAAUGUUUGUUCUUACACCCAUAUAUAGGAAUUGUGUAAAGUGUUACAGCAACUGUAAAUGUUUAAACUGCGUGUAUCCAAUUUUAUUAGCAGCAAGAUAAGAGUAUUUUUUUCCUAAAUAAAGUAACCAGUUUUGUUCUGAUUCUUUUCACAAGUCCUGGCAUUUGGGUCAAGGCUUUAUUGAAAUCUACAUUUUAUAACACUGGCACAAAGAAAUAGUUUUGAGCUUGUUUGCACAGUUCUUUUUCUUUUUUUUUCCAUUGGAGAUGGAAUUCAUUGCCUUAGGUCUUUUUAAUAGUGUAUUGUUAUUGUUGGGCUGGCUCUAUGCUUGAAAACCAGUUUAUUUAUAACCUGUUAAAAGUGCUAUAUUUUGUUUGCAGUUAGGAAUAUGCAGACUUCAAAGUGAUCUCCUAGCUUGUAAGCAAACUGAGAUGCAUUAUCCCUUUUCUACAAGUGAUGCGAAUAUGAAGAUAUGAAACAAGUCCUAUAGUGAAAUUAUGGUUUCAUGGUUUUUUUUAACUUGCUUCGGUUUUGAUGAAACAACAGUCCUUAAACUUUAAUAUGUCACCUUUAGCUUGAUCAGGUUAAAAGUGGGCCAGAUGGACAAUAAAUAGUUAAGCUACCAUGACUGAAAAAAAAGAUUUGGAACUAAUGUAGUGUUAGUGUUGAUCACUUAUUCUACUUUUUUCUCCCUAAAAAUGGUUGUGUUGGAUCAUAGCAAAUGGAUACUGCAUCUCCCGUUCUUGUAGUUCUUAGGUUAUCAGAAGUUAAGAAUAAACAUACUGUAUCUCAGU